AUGAGUGAAGAUAUAAAGUUAGAUGUGAUAAAGAAAACCCAAGAUACGCUUGGAAAAUAUGUGAAAAAACCACCAUUAACUGAAAAAUUAUUGAAAAAACCACCGUUUAGAUUUUUACAUGAUAUUAUUACAACAAUUAAUAAAGAUUAUAAAAUGUUUGAUGGAAUUUUUACGGAAACAGAAUUAAAAUCGGAAAAUAUUAAGGAGAAAGAUGAUAAAAUUAAAUUUUUGUUUAAAUUAAUUAAUACAAUGAAACUUCUUACAAAUACGGAUAUCCCUGCACGUCCAAGUAAAAUUGUAGCUGGACAUGAACCAACAAAAACGAAUGAACUGUUACAAAUAAUUGGAAAAGCAAUUCAAAAAAAUCUCACUGCAAAAAAUAUUUUAGACCAGAUUAAAGAGGAAAAUUUAGAUUUAACAAAAGAUAUAAAAUUUAAACCUAAAAAGGCGGCAGUUGAAUCAAUGAGUCGAAGAAAAUCGAAAGAUACAACUUUGUCGAAAAAAUCAUCGAAUGAAAAAAUAAAAAAAGUUGAUAAGAAAAAUACGGAAACGCCAUUAACUUCACGAGACAAAAUACGUAAACAGAAAAAUGAAAUUAAUAAAUUGGAAAAAGUUAAACCUGAAAAAUUGCUUCAUACUCAAAGUAGUAAUAGUAAUACUUUACUAAACAGUUCUCAACCAGAGAUCAAUCUGAUUUCAACUGAUGAUCCGAAGAAAGAGGAGUUACUUGUCGAAAUACCAAGUGUGAUUAACGUGGAAAUUGAAAGUAACAACGAAAAUAAGGAAAAUGAAGAAAAAGUCGAAUACCAAACCAUGACUAGCAGGAGUAGUAACGUAACUGAAUUAGAUGAAACGGAUAUUAUCCUAGAACCAAGUAAUGAAAUAUUCAAGGAUAAUCCACUAAAUUUAGAAAAUGCAUCGAACGAACCAAUUUUAUUAGAAUCAUCAAAUCUACCAUCAAAGGAAAUUGAUAAAUUAAAUCAAAAAUUAUCCGAAUCUGAUUUGAAAAUUGAUAAACCAAGACAACCAUCGGCACGACCACGAACUAGUCUACGUCCACCAAGUGCUAGACCACCUAGUGCUCGUCCAGCAGCUCCUCGUAUCCGAGAUCGAAAUGAUGUUAUUUUACCACCUGAAAAAGUGGUUCCAUUGGGAAAAGUUAAUGUAAUUGUCGAAAACUUCGAUAAAAAUUCAGAUGAUGAUAAUGAAAAUUUAGUUGUAGUUGAAUCAACAUCGAAUAUUCCUGAAAUAGCCUUACCCUUGAAAACAUCCACGAUUCAAGAUCAACAACCGCAAGGACAUCUUGUGGAACAAAUUUUAGAAACACAAAAAGAAUUGAUGGAAGAUACACCAAAAAUACCAAUGCAAAUUGAAUGGGAAGAAGAUAGUCAAAGAAAUCGUGAAACAAAAAAACGAUACAUCGAAAAUAUACGAAUGAAAAUUCAAACAAUCACUCGAGCAGCAUUACCAUUGGGACAAAUAAUAAAUUUCCUUCAAGAAGAUUAUGAUAACAUUAUUAGAGAAUUACAAAUAUGGCGGAAUGAGAAUGAAAAACUAAAUGAAGAUAUUGCACAGCAAAAAAUAGUAGCAGAUCGAAGUCUUGAACCAUUCCGUAAACAAUAUAUGGAAAUGGAAGAAGAAAUUGAAAAACAAAAGGAACGAAAUAAUUUGUUGAAAUCGGAAAUUUAUCGAAAUCAACAAAGAAUCGAUCAGUUACUAACGACUUUAAUAUAGUUUCACCGUUUUUAAGGUCAUUGGCAGCAACUAGAUUUGCGUAAGAUGUCCCUCUAGCGAUAAUUGUGAAACUAGCGAGUGUUGAGACAUUCAUGUUCAAUAUAUUAUUUAAAUUGAGUAAAUUUUUUACAAAAAGCAUUUACUUUGAAUAGGAUCCGUUCUUGGUCGUAAACCUAAAUGUUUUCAAGGUUUUACUGUGAAGGAAGAUCCAUGCUUAUGUAACGAAUAUGUGCCACUAACUAGUUUUGCAAUUAAC